CGGGUGAUGGUGUACGCAGGUGCGGAUCUUACUCUGGCGCUCUCUUGACGCGCUCUGUGAACUGUUCUGGUGCUUACGAGUGUCAUCUCUGUGAUCGGAUGCUCGAGUGAUUUAAGUAGACACGAUGCCGCGUCCUUCACGUGAGAGUUACGGGGACCAGAAGCCGCCGUACUCGUACAUAUCCCUGACCGCCAUGGCCAUCUGGGGCAGCCCGGAAAAGAUGUGUACACUGGCGGAGAUCUACAAGUUUAUUAUGGACAACUUCCCCUACUACCGCAAGAACACUCAGCGGUGGCAGAACUCGCUGCGACACAACCUCUCCUUCAACGACUGCUUCAUCAAGAUCCCCCGUCGCCCCGACAGGCCCGGCAAGGGCGCCUACUGGACCUUGCACCCGUCCGCCAUGAACAUGUUCGAGAACGGCAGCUUCCUCCGCCGCAGGAAGCGCUUCAAGAUCCCCAAGCCAGAGAAGGACGCCCUCGAGGCCGGCCUGGCGCAGAUCAACAACCCUCUGAGGUGUCUGGAGGCAUCGCGGUGCUCAGGGGAGACGCUGCUGGGAGGAGGCGCCAUGCCGCCCCUCUCACACCAGACCAAACAGCCCUUCACCGUGGAGAGCCUGGCAGCCUCCGACGCCAAGCUGCCCCAGCCUUUGCCACCCAUGCCGCCCGUCUCGUUACCCUUAGGGUUCCUGCCGCCCCCUAUGCCCCAUGUCUCCCUCACACACCGCCCACUGCCAUUCCCGCCACCACCAAGUGACACCCUGCCAUUAUCACCCACCCACCCGCCACCGCCCACCUCUCAGUACUCGCCCUACCCGCCGCUGCCACACAUGAUGCACCACCCGCCGCACCUCACGCCCUCCAUCCACCACCUGUACGCGGCCGCGGCCAUGGCAGCGUCGUUAGCUCCGUGUGGAGGGGCGGCGCCCUUGGUUAGACCCGCUGCCGUUCAUAUGUCACACUUGACAACCCUGGCCUCGCUGUCUGUCCUCAACCCAUUUACCUCAUCUCUACCUCUGAGACCUCAAGCAGUGGGGCCACGGACCUCCACAGCAGCCAUCUCGGCGGCCCUGGCCUCCACAGCCUCCGACUACUCUGUGUCGCGGCUCCUCGGCAGUAAGCCUCCGCCACCGCUGUUCACACACCCAGCGAUGCCCCCGACGUCUUGUGCUGCGGCACUGACGCUCCAUAACUCACAUUUCCACGACUUCUGUGCUGAAGAGGACGAUGACGAUGACGAGCCUAUCCACGUGGAGGACGAUGACGAGGAUGUGACGAUGGCGCCAGAAGACUCGAGGAUCCCUUCAGGAGUGGCUGGUGGGGGAGGCGCGGACGUGGGCACCAAUAAACUCCCUACAGAGGCCCGGAGGGAGCAGGAAGGGGGUCCUCAGGUGCCCGCAGAGGAGUUGUUCCUCCGUACAUCUCCUUCAGUCCGCUCCAUUUGACGGUGACAGUGUACCCCUGACCCACACCGCAGUGUCCACCACGCCCUCUCAGCGCCCACACUGCGCCCACUCCACGCAUGAGUUCUAGUCCAGUACUAGCGUCAAGUCUCUCGGGGUCCUCACUAAACCUCCCGGUGUCUGUGUCCUCAAGGUAACCAGAGAACUGUUGGGUUUUAUUCGCAGGAAAAUUACUAAACAUUGCCCCUUGUGUGACGUUAUCAGGCAGACGGUGAAGCUCUGUCUUGUUGUAUUCUAACGUGCCAACCAAACCAGCUCAUCAGAGGAAGUGUGUUGACGGUAGCGGUCGAGUAGAGCUGUUCCUGGGACUCUUUCUCAAGUCCUUUAGAAAGACAAGAAAAUAUUCUAAUAAAAAACAAAAACAAACAAACGCUCUCGCAGAUGGUGGGAAGGGGACGGUCAUCUUGACUGGUGAUUGACAGAAAGAAAACUUUUUUUAACACAGUGCGAGGAACACCACGAUGACACCAGAUAAAAAUAUAGAAUCGGUGAAACUUUACAGCGUGUGUGUGUGUGUGAUCCAGUGAUUUAAGGAGAAUCCUCUUUGUCCGACAUCUGUUCAUUUACCUUCGAGAAUCAUUUAAUAUUUUCCGUGUUAUCUGCUGCUGUUCAUCUCCUAAUGAUCAAGUCUUUUCUGUUUGUCGCCAGCCAUCACUUCCGCAUCUGUAAACUGCUGCCCAAGUGUCCUGGUGCAGCCAUCACCUCCACCAUGCAUAUAAACAUAGAUAUUCCUAUAAAUUAUUCUAUAUAUUAUUUAUCGUGUUCUGAGGCCAUGUCCUCAUUCAUAAGUCUAUCUGUAUCAGAUGUGUGUUUUAUUAAGUCAUUUAUUUCAUUUGUUUAUGAUCAUAACUAUCGGUGUACACAGCCACACCUGACCAGCUCAGGUGUUGACAUACUGUAACCUUCACCCACAUGUUGUCUCUAGUUCCCUCUAGUUCACUACACUUCAUCACUACAGUACAGUACAGUACAGUACCGUACAGUACACUCUAGAAAUAUUAACUAGUCUCCUUAGAUAAUAGUCAUAGAGAGAGAAAUAAACCUCAGAGUCUCCUUGUGUCGCUGCCGCGUUGUAUAGUUGUGUUCACCUGUAAGAUGGAAGGUUAAUUAAUUACCUGUGUGAGAGAGAGAGUCAACCUGCUGCUAGACUCUUUGUUAACUAGGUGACUUAUCUAGUAGUAGUUCCUCCCUACCUCGCCCCCCCCACCUCUCUCCCUCCUCCCUCCCGUGUUGUAGUAAGGGUUGGAGUGGUACACAGAUGUUGUUGUUGUUGUUGUUGGUAUACCUUUAACAUUGCCGUGUUUUUUUCUCCUACCUUAGUGUAAAUAUUAUUGUUAUAUUGAUGAUGCUAAUCUUGUGCUGGAAAUAAAUGUCUACGCUAA